GCCACACGAGCUCUAAACAGUAAAUGCCUUUCGUUUCGUGGUGGUACGAGGGCUGUGAGAAGGUAGAGUCGGUGAUCACGUAAAAAAGGUUGUACUUCUGUGGUCGCGUAGCGAGAGAAUCGGUUAUAGUAUCGUCUAAGCGCCUUCGAUGAUUAUAAGACUUAUCGGAUGUAAAUGUCAAAAAACGGGAUCGACGGAUGAUCAUGUCAAAAAACUCAAAGUUGAAAACGCCUUUAAUCGUCCCGAUGCUUCCUUUGAUCGUCCCGCAUACACACAGUAGAUGCAUAGUACAUAUGGACACGUCGUCGAGCAGUGCUUUGAAUAACGAUUUCUAUGACCUGAAGCUGAAUUGUAAUCUUCAAGCAACCAGCACUACCACGAAGACAAACAAAAGGAAUGUCGCUGUCCGAAGGGCGCAGUUCGGAUUUCAAAGGGCAUAACCAUGCCCUCACGAAAUUCACGGAACGCCUCCAAGGCUUCGCUGAGAGAAACCUUGACACUGAAGAUGAGGCGGCACAGAUUUCGCAAUUGAUCGAGGACGGCGAAGGACAGCUGAAAAAGGAAGCGGAAGCGCUAGUGAUUAAGGAAGCGCUACUGUUCACACUAGUAGCACCAUUCUUGCACUAGUUGACACCACUAAUACCCUAAUUCGUGCACGAGUAAGUACCAUUCUUGCACUAGUACCAUUCUUGUUUCCAAUCGGAUGAAGGGAGGCAAGAAUGGUCCGAAGAAUGCAAUGCCGCAACCUCUAAAGCAAAAGACGUGAGCGAACUAGAGGACGCGGAUAAGAAGGAGCAUGAGGCGAAGAAAGCCAGUAAGCAUAUAGAGAGCUUGCAAAAGGCUGCGAUGGAAUUGGCGGAAUCGGUAGAUUAUCUUGGACAAUAGAAUGUGUUUUUGUUAAAUUGCUGAUUGUACAAGUAACUUCUUUGCCGGGGGUGGUUAUAGUAUUUCUAUUUCCAAUUCAUCUUUACUUGGCAGAAGGAAGGUAGGUAGACAUGCUGCACGCAACUACAACAUCGAAGAUACUCUGUAGAAGAUACUAAAGUACAUGCACACAAUCACGACUACAACAUCAUCCAUCCAACCUUUCCAAUUUGUUCCACAGCUCGUCUCUCGAAUUUUGCCUGUGCUUCAUACACCGUAUGUUGGCGAGAAUGAAAAAGGGGACAGAGAGUUGCGAGAAAUGAUCCGAACUGAGACGUCUGAGAAACUGAGAAAACAGACCGAAAAAGCAUACAAGCGCAUGCCCAAAGGCGACCGGCCGCACAAGGAGAUCGUGUUGCAAUCUUUGUCAGUAGUGCAGUCGCGACAUAAUUUAAGGGUUCGUUCCUUCUACUUUGCUUGUUUUACUUAAGUACUUACAUUCACACAUAUACAUUCUUCAUAUAUAGAAUAGCAUAGAUAGUAGGCCUUUCCUCACUGCUGGGCUGGUGAGUAUAGUGUUACUUUUCUGCUUGUUGCACGAUACAUAGCAACUUUUAAACUUAAAACUGAUAGGAUACGUCCCCCCUGCCUUGUCCAGAAGGGUGCUCUCGCACUGCUCACCGACGAUUUGGCUCUGAUCUUCUCAAGCUGCUGAGAAAAACCACUAGAUGCGUACAACCUGCUCUCUUCAACAAGAUAAGAUAGCUUUCAACCACCUCCCUCAAGAUGAAAGUAUGAGGACUAUCUUGAAAUGACAUCUAACGCCCUGCGUCAUCUUCCUCGAAACAGCACAAGAGAAGCUCGAGACUGCGCAUAAAACCCUGAAAGGGAUGACUAAGAAAGGGAAGACAUCAGAGUCAGACGAGCCUCUGUCGUUUGGUGCGCCAGCUGGUGGGGAUGAUUUGGACGUCGACGCAACCGGCUUCGACGAUUUUAUGAAGCACGCCGCAGGCGAACUGGAUGGAGCAGUUUCGAAAGAAACGACAGAGUACUAUUAUAAUUUCUAGAAAAUUUUGGCUUUUAUGUCGUUUGAUAGACCACAAGGAACUUUUUGCAUUGAAGGAAGAAGUCGAAAGAACUUCUUCUACACCUUUUUCUUCGACCUCAUGCCAGGCACAUCAAUCAAUCAAUCAAUCGAUCUACAACUACCCAGGGGCGACAGCAAGAAGAGCAGACACCAUCACUCGCACACCGAUAAAGACGAUGGUGAAAGAAAGCAUCAUAGUCACAGCAGUGAUCAUAAAGGCGACAAAGUAGAUAAGAAAGGUGACGACGAGAAGCAUGAACAUCAUCACAAGAAAAAGAGCAAAGCCGAUGCUGGUGAGACAAAAGAUGAGCCUUCCUCCUCUGCACAGCCUUCCUCCUCUGCACAGCCUUCCUCCUCUGCACAAAAAGAUGAUGGUAGUACGUCUAAGGAUGAGGUCGUGGAAAAGAAGCACUCGUCGAAGAAAUCUAGUAAGAAGAAGACAACGAACACAGACGUCGACAUUCCAAAGCCUUCUUUACUCUCGACAGGAGGCUCAGACCAAGAUAGUGGAAGUGACGGCAUCAAUAAUUUUACUACAGAACCCACUACAAUAGAGGGGAAGCAUGAUGAUACACCAGAGAAGCAAGAUACGCCAGGUCUUCUAGAUGGAGACCAAGUUCCGGACCAAAUCACAAUGGAAACGGAAGUAGCUAACCUGAUGAAAGACAGUGGUACAGACGACGAGGAGGUAGGUGCUGACAAAAACAGUGGUACAGAUGACGAGGAGGUAGGUGCUGACAAUGGGCCGUCUGCAGCUUCCGGCGCAGGCGAUGUUGGUCCGGGGGCGAGAGAUACUGGGGUCAGCGACCUCCUGAGAGCGUCAAAUCUCAGCACCGACAGCGACGACCGCAUGACGCGUCAAGCUGGGGCCUCCAUGCGUCGUCCUACAGAUAACGUUGCACCAGCUGGUACUCAGCAGAUGAAUGCUUAAGGCUUCGCUGGUAGAAAAUAUAUUAACAAACACGAAAAAUAGAUAGAUACAACUUGUUAGGAUGUUGAGAUGAUCAUCAUCGGAAAUCAGCUUUCUUGAGAAGCAGAACGUAGUGCCAUGCUCUCUACUAUGCUCUCUCACAUGAUUAAUCAGAGCAUCCCCUUCACCUUCGACAUAAUCUAUUUUCAUACACCUCUAAACAAAAGCCUCGAAGUCCAGUGUCGCAGCAUCGAAGACCAGCGUCGCUACAGCACAAGGGAGCAAGAAAUCCGAGGUACAACCAGGUGUAAUGUUAGGACAACUUUCUAGAGGGUCACAACAGAGCGUUCGGAAAUCAGGAGGUAAUUCUGUUAAUUUCGACGGUAUGGAGGACUUGGAUGAGGAGGCCUUUUUCGCCACUGAUGCCUUAGCGAUGGAAUAUGGUGGGGAGCAGUCUAGCAGUCGAAAAAUGACCUUUGAGGAGUGGAACGAGAGCUUGAAUUAUUAUGGCAACAUUUUGGACACGCCCGACACUUCUUCCCGCAGCUUCAGUAGUUUUGUUUCGCACUUCACGCACCAUUUGAACCCGAAGUGUAGGCUUUCGUUGUUCACGCAUCAACAUAGUCGUGUCUUUUUUUGCGACUACUGUGAUCCACCUGAAAGAUGGGGAGGUCUAUUUUUUCUGCUCAUCGAACACAAUAUUACCGGUUAGUUUUUACCUCUACACCUUAGACUUAUCCCAUGAAGCAAAAUAUUACUGUUCUAACCUUCCGGUGGUUGCGUCGUGAAUUUCGCAGUGGUUUGGCGUAACACCCGCGCAGAGCGCCAACAACAUCGCGAAUUGGAAGAAGCGAAACAAGCAGCUAGGCGUCAAGAGGUAGACUCGUUAUUAAAGAUUGCCAGGGAGGGUCGGGACUCGAAAGCAUCUCUGACUAUGGAGCUAGAAGCCAAGAAGGAAAGGGAUUCUCAAAGAGCAAAGGACUACGUGCGACGGUCGUCAGCAUCUCAACACUCGUUGUUCGGGUUGAUCUCUGAAGGCGACGCUACAGAUGCGGUUAUUGCGUCUGGGGAAGAAAGCAGCUCGUGGUCGGGGACGAGCAGUUAUUGCGAAAGUUUUUUAGAUGCAUGCAAAUUGCUCUAGUUUUCAUGUUAUAAUUUGUACAUUAUUCGUCUCAGAAUGAAAAUUUUCCAUUUUGAGACGAAUAUUGCCCAACUGAUCCCGGGGCCUCAUGUACGUUUUUUGGCUAAAAAACCGCUUUUCUAUGUUCGCUUUUGGCAUGAUGGUGCUACUCCAUACUUGAAAGUAGUAAAGAACAGCAAUGACUACUCUGCUACGAGUUGUUCGCCUCCUCGCCAAGUGGUCAUGGAAUACGUACAGGAGUUGUAGUAUCUACUUAGACUUGAUGUAGUAUCUACUUAGACUUAGUGAAAGAAUGAACAACGGUACCCCCACCUCCCUGCAACCGGACAUUCCCCCUUCCCCCACAACUGUACGUACCCCAAGACUGGGUAGAUUAUUAUUAUUGUUCUUGUUGGUGAGGUACUCAGUAUUAACCUCUUCUAAUUCACCGAAAGAGGCGAAUCUCCCGGUGAGGCUUUUCGUGGUCAGAAACUGCUAGCUGCUGAAGGCGAAGCUAAAGAAGUAGUAGAGGAAGGUGGAGAGGAUAAAGAGGAAACCCAGGAUCAUUAAGGCUCAAUUCUAUUAUAUUGCAUCUCUACAAUGGAAUAGCUCUCAACAGUUUCUAUAAUUGAACUAGUUCAAUAGUUGAAUAGUUCAACUCUCUCUACAAGUGAUAGUUCUUUCUUUGGACUGGGCCAGGAAUGUAGUCCAGGAGUGAAUUGUUGUGUUGUUGUCUAACAGGAAGUUGCAGCUGCGCAAAUUCUUGCAGCAGCAACGGACUUCUUCUCUGGAGCGUAUAAGCGGAUCUCAGCGGCCGUAGGGCUCGCCGACGAUGCUGAAGACGGCAAAAAGUCUAGUGCACAACUCCGAUUAUGGCAACCAAGCGAGCAUCCUCAGAACCAUCCUAGGGCCUAUAAUUCUCCAAAGGGAAAAUGAGGCCAAGUAGGAUGGCCCGAAGGACGUAGCUGAAGCAGAAGCUUUAAUCCGAGGGAAAGGCACAAGAGCAUCUGUGUCAGCCAGGACCGGUCUAGUAGGACAUGUAGGACGAAGUGAUAAGGGAUCGUCAAUGGUGUUGGUCGGUGGGAAAGGGGCUUUGCGUCUGUCAGGAACUGCUACUCUAGUACCACAAGGCAAAGGAGGUGCACCACCGCCAGGAGCAUCUGCUCUGCGUAAGAGUCAGCAACUUGGUGCCUUCAUCACAAGUCCUAGCGAUGGAAAUGCGAACAAUGCUGGUGGAGCUGGAGGUGAAGAUGCAUGGUCAUCUGCGUCGGGGUCAUCGGCAUCCGCAACAGGUCCUCUUAGGAAACUCUUCCUAGAUUCCAUCCUUGGCUUUAUUUCAAGCGCCUCAAUUCAAAGAGGAAAACCUCAAAUCAAAGAGGAAAACCUCAAAUCAAAGAGGAAAACCUCAAAUCAAAGAGGAAAACCUCAAAUCAAAGAGGAAAACCUCAAUUCAAAGAGGAAAACCUCAAAUCAAAGAGGAACGCCUCAAAUCAAAGAGGAACAUCUCAAAUCAAAGAGGAACACCGCAAAUCAAAGAGGAAAACCUCAAAUCAAAGAGGAACACCUCAAAUCGAAGAGGAAAACCUCAAUUCAAAGAGGAAAACCCCAAAUCAAAGAGGAACACCUCAAAUCAAAGAGGAAAACCUCAAUUCAAAGAGGAAAACCUCAAAUCAGAGAGGAACACCUCAAAUCAAAGAGGAAGACAUACUCAUACAGAAUAUUGAUAUUCAAUAUUACGGCAAGGAUGGAAUAUUAUAUUGGCAUACGCCUCUAAUCCUCGUGCUCCUGGCACUGGCAAAUCCGUAACUUUUGAGGCCUUCCCAGGUACGCGAGUGGUGCCAGACUCAGAAAAGUCAAAAGACAUCGCUGCUGGGUCGCCACAGUCACCUCCACAUCUCUUCUACGCGGAGGAUGCGGGGUACUCGUCGUCAGAAAUUUAGGGUUUAGGGUUUAUUUGGUGUCUAUCAUUUUUUUUGGAUUGAUGAAAGAAAGAUGAAUACAACCGGUUGAGAUGUAGGUUUUUAGAGGCCGAAUUUUUGUUUGGAUUCACACUCUAAUUCCAAGACCAGCACAGUACGAGCAGCACUCGCCUCUUGCACGGAGCGAAGAUGGGGCGCGCUCACAUCGUUGCGCGCUUUGCCAAGCAGAGGGUAGCUGCAGUAUCACCAGUUGACGCUCUGUCGCGCACAACUGUGGUUCGAGGAAAUAUCGUUAAGGGCCCAAGGACCAAACACGGGUCUCCUGACGGUAUCAAACCGCCAAAAUCGUUCUUUCGAAGCUUCUUUUACGGCGAAGAGCCAGCAGAAACGGGUCGCGGUAGCGGUGCGUCUCAGGUGGACACGCGAGGCUCUGGAUACUACGACGAAUUUGGUGGAUACUAUGAUGCCAAAGGGGGCUACUACGACGCAGAAGGCGGCUACUACGAUGUAGACGGCGGAUACUUCGAUCCGCAUGGCAACUAUUUUUAAGACAGUAUAUUAAAUCUUCUAUUCGUAGUACCUCCAAUGAUUCCCCAUCUUAUAAUAUUAAAAACAUACUCAUCAACACAUCAUCAAGAUGUGUCUCAGUCUCAACAAGAUGAGUAAUCCAUCCACAAGCAACAACAUCGACAUCUAAUCUCCCGAACCAGCAGCCGUUCUCGACGGGUCGAGUCCGGCGGACACCGCAGGUGGGGGUGGUUCUCCGCACCACAACGAGUACGGAGGAGAGGAAUUCGUAGACGAUUUUAGCGAAGCCAUGACCGAAGCUCAAGUGGAGACGCUGCGGAAGAGGAACAUGAACUUCCUUAUGAUGAGUGUUGUUCUCUUCAUCGUGGCUAUCAUCAAUAUUUUGUUUAUGGCAAAGGGGAGGGUUUAGGAUCUUCUUGGAUCAUAGUUGUGGUGAAAGGGCAUUAUAUUAUACGGUAUUGUACAACUAGGUUUUCAAAGAACUCGCUAACGAGUGAAUCAGAUGAAAAUAGAACACCGCAGCAUGAAGGUUGUAAGCGGUUGAACAUCAUAAGUAGUUGUACUCCUUCUAAGGUGAAAAUGAAACUAUCUCUCUUUUAGCCAAGAUUGCCUAAUGUCUAAGAUCGUUUUAAUUAUACUCAUUUACAAUCAUUUUCUUACGCGAUACCAAACAAACAAAACAAAUAGAACAAUGAACCAGAUUCAGCAUUUGAACUCUCGACGAUCGCUAUGUGUAGUGCAGUCGCAAGUAAUCGUAUCCAAACGCACCCUAGCCUAUUCCUGAUCCUAUUUGAUAGCCACUUGAAAAUUAUUAGAACAUCAACUGUUUUAUUCGUACAUGGAAAGAUUUUCCAAAAACAUCAUGUCAUCACUAGGUCACAGAAAUUCUGUGAAGAUUUGAUGAGAGACAUCCUUUUAUUUCCCUCAUUCCAAGAAGAAAACCCAGUGCACUGCUCAACAUCUGUUGAAUUGAACAGAAAUGAACAGCUUUUCUUUCAGAC